UUUCAGCCAGGCGUAGGCAAGCGUCCCCUCCAAAAUCGGUCCAAUGAACAUGUCAGUGUUGACUUUACAAGAAUACGAAUUUGAAAAGCAAUUCAACGAGAAUGAAGCGAUUCAAUGGAUGCAAGAGAACUGGAAAAAAUCGUUCCUGUUUUCUGCUCUAUAUGCUGCCUUUAUAUUUGGUGGUCGACAUCUAAUGAACAAACGAGCAAAAUUUGAAUUGAGGAAACCACUAGUGCUCUGGUCUCUAAGCCUUGCACUCUUCAGUAUAUUUGGUGCUGUUCGAACGGGUGCUUACAUGGUGUACAUUUUGAUGACCAAAGGACUGAAGCAGUCAGUUUGUGACCAGAGUUUUUACAAUGGACCUGUCAGCAAAUUCUGGGCUUAUGCAUUUGUGCUAAGCAAAGCACCAGAACUAGGAGAUACAAUAUUUAUUAUACUUCGGAAACAGAAGCUCAUCUUCCUCCACUGGUACCACCACAUUACUGUACUGCUUUAUUCUUGGUACUCUUACAAGGACAUGGUGGCUGGCGGUGGCUGGUUUAUGACCAUGAACUAUGGAGUGCACGCGGUCAUGUACACUUACUACGCCUUGCGGGCUGCUGGCUUCAGAGUGUCACGCAAGUUUGCCAUGCUUAUCACUUUGUCCCAGAUCACGCAGAUGUUCAUGGGCUGUAUAGUCAACUAUCUGGUCUUUGCCUGGAUGCAACAGGGCCAGUGCCACUCGCACGUCUCAAACGUUGUCUGGUGUUCUCUCAUGUACCUCAGCUACUUUGUGCUCUUCUGCCAUUUCUUCUUUGAGGCCUACAUUGGCAAAGCCAGAAAAGCAAGGAAGGCUGAGUAAAGCUAGAAACAAGACAGAAGCCACCGCUCAGGUCAUCCACAAAACAACAAACACCGAGAAAAAAAAGAAAUGGCACAAGGAAAACGUGUAUCUGUGGUGCGACUAAAAUUCAGCAGCUAAGGAACAGCUAGGUUUGCUCAAACCAGUAAGUUAAUGAUCCUGUCAUGGUGAGGACUCGCUGAAUGAUCCAGCACCUCAAAAGGCUGCUGUGAGGCAUCUGCCUUCUUGCACCUGUCUGCUCUUAAAACAAAUGCAAUUUUUUUAUAUACAUAAAAAAGGAAAGCCAAGCAAAGGAGAUAAUGAUUUUGCAUAAUAAAAUAUUUAAAAACCGUGGUUUCCCUGAGCAUAGAUGACUUUUAUUAAUCAAAAUAAAACAGCCACAAAGCUAAUUAUUUAUAUAUCCUUUCUAACUUUUUUUUUUU